CAGAUCUGGGAGGGAGCAAGGAUGUUGAUCAAGAUCAUGAGAGACAACAUCCGACAAGAGAUCGUCGGCAAGCGUGUGGUGGAGCUUGGCUCGGGCACAGGUCUGGCUGGCCUGUGCGCAGCAGCCAUGGGCGCGCAUGUCCUGCUGACCGACUUGAAGACUGUGACCGACUGCUCCCUCAGGCCCAACGUCAAGAGGAACUGGGAGGAGCCACAAGGCCGGACAGCUUCCUGCUGGCCUGGAGCUGGGCAUGUAGGGAAAGGGACUGCAGCCUGCAUGACACUGGACUGGACGAAGCCGACGUUGGAGCAAGCAUCAGAGGCGGCAAGAGCAUGCACACAGAGGCUGGCAGGAGCUGAAAUGCUCGCAGCUGAGUGCGUGUGGUUGAAGGAGCUGGUGGAGCCGUUUGUUGACACCGUCAUGAAGAUCCUCAAUGGUGGAGGCCCGGAGGUCGUCUAG